AGUCAUGUUAGUGCUCUACGUCUGACAAGAACUAUUAUUUGAAGUUUUAAUUAAAUGUAACUCAAAAACUAAUCAUUCCCUCUGUUUUUUCAACGAAACAGAGCUUCGUCUUCUUCAUUCUAUUUAAUCGAAACAGAGCUUCUAUCUUCGCAUUUCUCUACGACAUGUCUUUCUCUAGUGCCAUCUAUCUCUUGCUUUUGAUGUUUAUGUGCGCAUCUUCUGAAAGAGUUACAAACAUCGUUCAUAUGGCUCCAAUGCCAUCGGUGAUGGAGGAUAAACACACGUAUCAUGAACUCCUCAUCCGCAAAGCUUCAAUCUCAGCGGAGCUUCUUUACUCCUACAAGCAUGCCGUCGAAGGCUUCGCGGCUCGUCUAACUCCGGACGAAGUCGAGUCUCUUCUCCUCCACCCUGAAGUAGUUGCAGUUGUUCCAGAGAUUUGCUACAAGCUGCAGACGACGAGAAGCCCCUUCUUCCUCGGGCUUGAUGAUCAACGGGAAUACUUCACGAGUAACUGUUCUUCUAGCGAUGAUGUCAUUGUAGGCGUUAUCGACACGGGAGUGUGGCCUGAGAGUGAGAGUUUUAACGAUAAGGGAUUUGGUCCAGCGCCAAGGAGUUGGAAAGGUGAGUGUGAAGAAGGAACAAAUUUCACCGCGUCUCUCUGCAACCAAAAGCUCAUUGGCGCCAGAUACUUGUACAAGGGUUUCGAGGCAGAGAACUUCCCAAUCGAUGAAACACAGGAUUUCAAAUCUCCUAGGGACUCCAAUGGCCACGGAACACACACGUCCUCGACUGCAGCUGGUACUGCGGUGAAAGAGGCCUCGUUUCUGGGAUAUGCUCCGGGAGUGGCUAGUGGAAUGGCUCCACGAGCUAGGAUCGCGAUAUACAAGGCAUGUUGGUAUUCAGGGUAUUGCAUGGGAUCUGAUAUCCUAGCAGCCAUGGAUAAGGCCAUUGAAGACAAGGUCAAUGUCUUGUCCAUCUCUCUCGGGUUAGGCAUGUUGAAGUAUGACAAAGACAGUAUUGCUAUCGGAGCAUUAGCAGCAGUGGAGAGAGGAAUCUUUGUCUCAGCCUCUGCGGGAAACGACGGUCCAAGCAAAUCAUCGUUGGUGAAUGUAGCUCCCUGGAUUACCACAGUUGGAGCGGGAACAGUGGAUAGAGAUUUCCCGGCGAUGGCCAUCCUUGGAAACGGCAGAUCCUUUGCGGGAUUCUCAAUGCUGUUCAAACGGCGUCGUAGUGAUUUAACCAUUAACCAAGUCCCUUUGGUUUAUGCGCCACUUGGCGGGAAUUUUAGUGGCAAAAUCGUAGUCGUUGAUAUGGGAAGAGCAAACUUGGUGGUUGACACUAAAUCAGGCGCGCUUGGGAUUAUCUACGCGAACACGGCUUUGGACGGGAUAGAGGUUAUAGCUCGAUACGAUGUGCUUCCUUCACUCGCCGUCGACAAGCAGUCCGGAGACGAGAUCAGAGAUUACGUACUGAAAGAGUCUAAUCCAACGGCGAUGAUUACAUUCGAGGGAACGGUCAUUAACGUCAAACCGUCGCCGGUUGUAGCCGGGUUCAGUUCUCGCGGUCCCAAUACCAUCACGCCGGAGAUUCUGAAACCCGAUUUGAUCGCACCAGGUGUCAACAUUAUCGCCGCGUGGACCGGAUCCGGUUCCAACCCCGACUUGUUCCGACCGGGUUUCAGCAUCCAAUCGGGAACCUCCAUGGCGUGUCCUCACCUGAGCGGAUUAGCCGCAUUGCUCAAGGCGGCGAAUCCCAAGUGGAGCCCCGCCGCACUUCGCUCUGCUCUCAUGACGACGGCCAACGGAUCUGGAAACGACGGAAAGCCUAUCCUCGACAGCGCCAACCGUAAGCCGUCGACGCCGUUCGUACACGGUGCAGGACACGUUUCACCUGUAUCCGCACUCACUCCGGGGCUUAUCUACGAUCUGACGACGGAGGACUACCUCGGCUUUUUAUGCGCCUCUGAUUACACGUCAUCACAGAUCAAGAUAAUAGCGAGGCGCGAUUUCACCUGUGAUCCGAAGAAGGACUACAGAAUCGCCGACUUCAAUUACCCCUCUUUCGCCGUCAGAAUCCACAACCAUUCACGAGGUGGAGACGGCGCGUACAGGUACACGCGCAUCGUGACGAGCGUGGGAGGAGCCGGAACGUACACGGUCAAAGUCGUUUCUGAUAAAAAAGCGGUUAACAUCUCGGUCGAACCGGAGGUUUUAGAAUUUAAACAAGUCAACGAGAACAAGUCGUAUACGGUCACGUUCACCGUGAAUCCGUCUAUGCCUUCGGGAACCAAUAGCUUUGGGGGAAUCGAGUGGUCAGAUGGCCGACACGUGGUUAGAAGCCCCGUGGCUUUAAGCUGGCCUAAGUGAAACUAUGCCCUCUGUUAUGCGACAUAUGCUCCUUACGGACUUUUAAUGUGUGCUUAAUAAUUUAAAAUUCUAUGAAAACAUGGCUUUACAUGGUCGUUGUUUAUGCUUAUGAGUUACAACAAGAAAAUGUUCACUAAAAU